UGUCAGAAACGGAGGUCGGGUGAUCGCAAAUCGCAAAUGGCGGCUGCAAAAAUGUUGCGAAUACAAGGUUUAUUUUUUGUGAUCGCAAUACUGUUACAAAUUGCAAGUGGACAAGAGUCUGCACAAAAAGGACGUAGAUCUCGAAACUCUGAUGACGACUUUGGCGAGGACUAUUAUAAUAUGGUCCUCCCCGACAUGGAGGAGGCGCUACAGAGUUUAGAAAAUUUCAUGACAACUGCUGAGACUAACAACAACGGACAAGCGUAUGAGGCCGUGCUAGAAAUACUGCACAGUAUCGUCGAAUAUACAAGGAAUUCCAAUAACGCUUAUAAAUUCAUUAAAGCUAAAGGAAUAGAUAGAGUCAUUCCUCAAUGCCUCAAGUCAAAUAACGAUCAAGUAAAAUCUCGUACACUUAUAUUCAUGAAAAGUCUAUUCGAUAUAGCUCCGACUACUGUGUCCGCUUCUAUGCCAAUUGUGAUAGUAGACUUAAUACUAGAUAUAUUCGAAAAUGGUAAUCUAGCUUUGAAAGCCCACGCCGUGGACGUAUUGGCGUACUGGUUACCUGAGAACCCUCGAGUGCAGGCUCGAGUAAUGAAAAUUAAAGGCUUGGUGCCAUUCUACGACCAAGUAGACAAAUUAGAUACACAUGUUAUUGCUUCUCUUGUCAAUUUGUUCAACAAAAUUCUAAAAGAACACAUCCAAGUCAGAAGUGACUCACAGAAGCAUCUUGUGGAUAAUGACAAGAUGAAAUUUUAUUUGAGAAUAGGUUUAUUGGAAUAUAUGUCAACUGACACUGUCUGUAAUGGAAUUCUAGACAUCCUGAUGAAGCUAUGGUCUUUUAGUGCGAAGGAACAGGUUGUCAUGGCGAUUGCUUUUGAUUUGAUAAAGAAUAUCAAGCCGUACUGCUUGCAGACGUAUCAGAACACUGACAGGGCUAAGAAACUGUUCAAUGCCCUUUCUACAUUUGUGAAUGAUAGAGAUAAUAAAGAGUUCUUUGAUAUGUAUAAUCUGAACAUGACUGACGUUGCUUUGGUCAUUGGAGAGUAUAUGGAGAAGCUCAAACCCGCUAUUAAGGACGAAAUGCUGGGCCAUAGUUUGUUUACGACGACAAUAACCAAUGUAAUUCAAACAAUCCCACAAACCAACGAUACAUUCAACCAAUACUACAAUUAAAUUAUAGUAGGUAAAGUUUAAUGCUAUUACAAUACAUCUUCUAUUCAAAUUAUAGGAUGUAUUUGAGGUAGGAAUCUAUUGAGAAUAUUCUCGAUAUAACAAUGAAUUGUUUGUGCAAGUUGUGCCAUCAUUACCGGUUACCACAAUGACAAAUCACGCUCCAUGGGUGGCCGCCAUUACAGAUUGUUGCGCUUU